CUCAAAUUACAAAUCCAAACACAAUCCAAAAACCCUCUUUCUCUCUCUUGUUCUCGUUUCUUCUUCCUUUUUCUUUCUCUCUUUCUGUUACUUCUCCAUUAGAAACACUUUACUCGUUUACGGCAUUCUCUAGAAAUUUUCAACCUACAGGCGGCGUGAAAGUCAUGCUGCCUGAAGAUGGGGAAGAAGUAGAUGGCAGCUGGCGAGCUGGGCCCGUCUUUAAUUCGUGGCUGACGAGUGAUGGGUGAGCAGCUUGCAUUCAAUGCUGGAUCAAGUAACGUCAAUGCCUAUUAAUAUGUUAGCAAGACAAUUAUUGCAUACAUAGAGUUGAAGCGACUGUCGGAGGGUUUAGAGAUGGAGGGAUUGGAGGGGCUGAGGCGAACUUUCAGAAGCGGGAGAACCAGAGGAGUUGAUUGGAGGAAAGCCCAACUUCUAGCCCUUGUUAAAUAUUUAGCAGAAAACGAAGCCCAGAUUCUUGAAGCCUUGGAACAGGAUCUUGGGAAACACCCUGUUGAAGCUUACCGCGAUGAGAUUGGAUUGGUGAAAAAAUCAGCAGAACACUCUUUGCUGAACAUCAAGAAAUGGAUGGCACCGAAAAAGGCCCAGCUACCCUUGCUUUUGUUUCCAUCAAGAGCAGAAGUGUUGCCAGAGCCACUGGGUACCGUACUCAUAAUUGGAUCCUGGAAUUUCCCCUUCUCUCUUACACUGGAUCCUUUAAUUGGGGCAAUAUCUGCUGGAAACACAGUGGUCAUAAAGCCUUCCGAGCUAGCACCAGCAUGUUCUUCUUUACUGUGUCGUACAAUUCCAUGUUACUUAGACUCUGAAGCCAUUAAAAUUAUCGAAGGUGGAAGUGAUGUUGCCGAACAACUAUUGCAGCAUCCAUGGGACAAAAUAUUCUUCACAGGGAGUCCACGAGUAGGGCGUACAAUCAUGUCUGCAGCAGCAAAGCAUUUGACACCGGUGACUCUAGAGCUGGGUGGAAAAUGUCCUGUCAUUCUAGACUCUUUUUCUGACUCAGAUUUUAAGGUGGCUGUGAAGAGAAUAGCAAGUGGGAAGUGGGGAUCAUGUGCUGGACAAGCAUGCAUAGGAAUCGAUUAUGUGCUCGUGCAGCAAAAGUUUGCUUCACUUCUGGUUGAAUCACUGAAGAGUUGUAUCAAAAGAUUUUACGGCGAAAACAUGGAAAAAUUGCAGAAUAUUUGUAGAAUUGUGAACAACCAACACUUUGAUAGGAUAUGCAAAUUUCUUGAGGAACCUGGUGUGGCGGCUUCCAUUGUUUAUGGUGGCUCAAUCAACAGAGAAAAAUUGAUGAUCGAGCCGACAAUUUUACUGGAUCCUCCACUAGAUUCUCAGAUUAUGACUGAAGAAAUAUUUGGGCCAUUGCUCCCCAUCAUCACACUUGAUAACAUUGAAGAAAGCAUUGACUUCAUCAAUGCUAGACCAAAGCCUCUCACCAUUUAUGGAUUUACCAAAAAUGGGAAACUAAAGGAACAAAUUUUGCAAGAAACAUCAUCUGGGAGUGUGGUAUUUAAUGAUUCCCUGAUCCAGUUUAUAUGUGAUGGGCUGCCUUUUGGAGGUGUCGGUCCUAGUGGUUUCGGGAGGUACCAUGGCAAGUACUCCUUUGACACAUUCAGCCACGAGAAACCAGUUAUGCACAGAACUUUCUUUUUGGAACUCGAGCCGAGACAUCCUCCAUGGAAUGAGUUUAAGAUGGACUUCAUUAGAUUGGCUUACAAAUUUGACUAUGUCGGGCUAUUGCUUCUUUUGUUGGGUUUAAGGAGAAUGUUCACACCAAACCGAUCACGUUAGUCGGUCAGUUGUUCUGUAAGAACUUGGCCUAGCAAUGAAACAAGAAUGUCAAGAUCAUAUCCAGAGGUGAAUGUAAGAGUAUCUGAGUAGUGUUAUGUACUAAUAAAUGAGGAGAUGAAAGGAUACUGUAAAGCAUUUUAAAGCAACUUGAUGUUGCUAUAAUGCUGUUAUUUAUGAUUUAAGUGGCUUAAAGUUUCAGUU